AUGCUCGUUGGUAUCCUCCUUGCACUUUUCAAUCUCUUGCAAACGUCUGUAUUUGCGUCGCCGGUUAUUUCCGGAGCCCACACUUUAUCAGAUUUUCUUGACCGAAGUGCCAAUUUUAACGAUGACAGUGUCAUAUCUGCGUUUGUCGGAGAAUUGAAAUCUUUGUCCAGCAAUGAUUCUUCCAAGUGUGAACAAUGCAUCACUAGACUUGCAAUAGGGAAAUCUCUUUCAUUGUUGAGACCAGAAUUGGUGCCUCCAGUUUUCACGCGGUGGUGCAAAGAGACUGCAUACAUGUCAAACUCGACAUGCACAUCAACAUUUAGCCGUAACACUGUUUCGACAAGUUAUACUGGUACCAAUUUUGCUGAUAUGCUAUCCCUUAUGGACCCUUUUAGUUACGACGGCCAACUUUAUUGUUUUUACAAGGAAAAAGCAUGUCCAAAACCAAAAACCCCAAAUGUGACACUCGAACACAUGUGGCCCUCCAAGCAGCCAAAGCACUUCCUCGCUCCGGAACCUUCCGCAAAUGAUACUUUCAACGUUUUGCACAUAUCGGAUUUUCAUAUCGAAUUGGACUAUACCGUAGGUGCCGAAACCAAUUGCACCUUGAGCAUGUGCUGUUCCCCGAACUCCAAAAACGCAAAGUCUAGAACCUCACAUAACAGUACCGCUAUUGGAUGGAACUCGUACCAUGACUCUUUCUACACCAACAAUUCAUUCGUAAGGGGCCCACUCAUUGACGUUUUCCAAAACCAAUCGAUCUGGUCACCAGCUACCACGUUCGGUAGCUACACUUGUGACGCACCCGAAAUUUUAGUCAACUCCACACUCAACUCAAUCGCCAAAUUUUGUGAAGACAAUAGUAUUCAAUUUGACUUUGCUAUUUUCACGGGAGAUAUGGUAGACCACGAUGAACUUGCCCUGACGAGCUUCGAUCUAACCGUCCAGUCGGAGGAGAUAGCGUUCAGAGACAUAAAAGAUAAACUCGGCGAUGUUGCCGUUUAUUCUGUCAUGGGUAACCAUGACUCAUUUCCUUAUGGGGAGCUGGCUCAAGAGAACCACGGGUUUCUCAACUAUUUCUCGUACAACGCAGAACUUAUGGCGGACCUCUGGGAAGAUUUUGGAUGGCUUGGUCCUGAGGAAAGCCAGUAUGCUAGGAAACACUAUACCGGGUUCUCUGUCGAAACUCCAAGAGGACUGAAAAUCAUCUCUCUGAAUUCUAAUGUUUGGUACCAGAAAAAUCAUUAUGCGUACUGGAACGCUUCCCAGCCUGACACAUUUGGCCAAAUGGAAUUUUUGAUUGAAGAACUGGUGGAAAGCGAAUCCAAAAAUCAGAGAGUUUGGAUUAUUGCCCAUAUUCCAUUCUCGCAAGAAGCCCUGCCUCUUCCUGCUAAAAUGUUCGCGGAAGUAGUUGAAAGGUUUUCCCCUUACACGAUUGCCAAUAUCUUCUUUGGACACACCCACAAGGACCAGUUCGAGAUUUUGUACUCGGUUCCAGGAACCGACGGAAAGACAGUUGAAAAUGCGGUUGCGUUUGCCUGGAUCUCACAGGCUGUCACGCCAUGGAUCAACAACAACCCUUCGUGGAGAUAUUACACCAUUGACGCCAAGACGUUUUCAGUCAUGAAUGCGUAUAACUACUAUACUAAACUAAAUGAGACUUUCACAAACAACGGUGACGAGCCGCUAUGGGAAUUUGAGUAUUCCUCCAGAGAGGGUUACAACAUUGACUGGCCAGAAAUAGCUCCUCUGAACGCUACUUAUUGGCAUAAGGUUGCAACAAGGAUUAACGAAUCAGUGGAGUACAACCAAAUGUAUGAGAACUUCGCUAUGAGAUUCUCGCCAUUUGUACCUGACUGCAGCAAGUCGUCAUCCUGUGACUUGAACUAUUGUUAUUUGACCUCAUUCACGGUUGAUGAAUAUGAUGAUUGCGUAGCCCAAAUUCCAACGGCGUCGUCUUAA